UUCACUUCUCUCUCAUCGACUCAUCCCCUGCUGAUGACUUGGCAUGGAAGCUACCUAAAAACAAACACUUGCCAUUGAGCUUAGUUAGCUCGUGUGUGUUUAUAUAGCAGCAGGCAGCAGCUGCAAGAACGACGAGCAAGACAGCUACUUGCCGUUCGCGGCGGCACCGCCCCACCGAUCGAGCGGCAUGACCCCCGACGCCGCCUUCGCGUUGGAGAUCGCCGUGGUGGCGGCCUUGGUGGUGCUCAUCGUCGCCAUCGUCGUAGCCUCCUCGGGCGCCUGCCGCGAGCCUGCCGCCGGCGCGGGGCGCGCGCGCGCCGCCGCGGUGCACGACGUCGAGCGCGCCCUCGGGGCAGGCACGCUCGUGACGUACGACCAGGCGAAGGCGGCGGGGGCCGGGAAAGGGAGCGGCGGCGGGACGGUGGGCGAGAGCUGCGCCAUCUGCCUGUCCGACUACGCCGGGGGCGGCGAGCUCGUGCGGGUGCUGCCGGCGUGCGGGCACUUCUUCCACGCGGAGUGCGGCGUCGACGGGUGGCUCCGGAAGGGCGGGACGUGCCCGUACUGCCGCGCCGCGCCAUGGCCGCUGCCGAGGCCGGAGUGCGCCCCGAUGCCGCCGCGAGCGAGCGGGCCGCGCGCCACGGUCGGCCCUCUGUAGUGGGCGUGGGCGAAUCAGCCCCUGCUCCCACUGCUGAGUCUUGAUUGCCUGCUAGGAUUCUUGAUCAGUUUACUUCACCAUCCGCUCAACAUACAUCUUCCGCUCAACGGGCUUACUUCGUGAUCACUUGUAUGAAAUUUCACAUUACCUUUUACGAUUUACAAAGGGAAAACCAUUUGCAGUUGAGCUGAAUAACUGGCUGAGUAAUGGCGUGAUGUUUAAGUGAGCAGGGUACUGAACCUAGGGUACCCGUUCUUCUGUAAACAACGACUAGUCUGCUGGCGCGGGACACGGAAUCGCAGUUGGUAGCCUCUCUCUUCUACGCGCGGACUUGACCCAUUUCUUGUUACAAUUGCCUUACGAGCGACUACUUGGA